UUUCUUUAAUAUAUUUAAUAAGAAACAACGCUCUAUCUGGUUGGUUUGUGAAACCUCCAACAGAUUCUCUAAUCUCCCGCUGAUUUUCAUUUGACAAAUACAAAUACGGCUCUCGCUUGUUGUUCUAUAUCUGAUAUAUCUCGUACAUUACAUUCAGAGUCAAAAUGGCAACGGAGAUGCCAUUCUUUCAGCUGAAUACUGGAGCUAAGAUUCCUUCCGUAGGCCUCGGCACCUGGCAAGCUCAGCCUGGACUCGUCGGUGCCGCCGUAGAAGCUGCCAUCAAGAUUGGUUAUCGCCAUAUUGAUUGCGCUCGAAUUUAUAAAAAUGAGGAUGAGAUUGGUUCAGUACUGAAGAAGCUUUUUGAAGAUGGAGUGGUCAAGCGUGAAGAAUUGUUCAUUACCUCCAAACUUUGGUGCUCUAAUCACGAUCCAGAAGAUGUUCCAAAAGCGCUGGAAGGAACAUUACGUGACCUGCAGCUUGAUUACGUCGAUUUAUAUCUUAUUCAUUGGCCAAUGAAGAUAAAGAAGGGUUCGGUUGAUUUGAACCCUGAUAACUUUGAGCAACCAGAUAUUCCUAGUACAUGGAGAGCAAUGGAAGCAUUGUACAAUUCUGGCAAGGCUCGUGCAAUUGGUGUGAGUAACUUCUCCACAAAGAAACUGGGAGAUUUGCUAGAGGUGGCACGUAUUCCUCCUGCUGUGAAUCAGGUGGAAUGUCAUCCUUCAUGGCAGCAGUCCAAGCUGCGUGCAUUUUGCCAGUCCAAGGGUGUUCAUCUAUCUGGAUAUUCACCUCUAGGAUCUCCUGGCACCACAUGGCUUAAGAGUGAAGUGCUUAAGAACCCAAUCCUGAAUAUGGCUGCAGAGAAGUUAAGUAAAUCUCCCGCCCAAGUUGCUCUUCGUUGGGGUCUGCAAAUGGGUCAUAGUGUGCUUCCUAAGAGUACAAAUGCAGUAAGGAUCAAGGAUAACUUUGAUGUAUUCCAAUGGUCUAUUCCUGAGGACUUGUUUGCCAAAUUUUCUGAAAUUGAGCAGGAAAGACUGGUAAAGGGGGCUUUCUUUGUCCAUGAGAAAUGUGGACCAUAUAAGAGCAUUGAAGAUCUGUGGGAUGGUGAAAUCUAAGCCAUCAUGUGCAUACAAAAAAGUUGGGAAGAGGUGUGCUUGUUAAUUUGAUUUCAUAUCCAUUUGCAUCAGUAAUGCAAACUCCAUAUAACAAUCAGUGUAUACUUUUAUAAAGAUUGCUCAAUUGAUUGCUUCUUGAUUUUA